GCUCUUACGUUGGUCCCAGUGACUGCAAAGCAUCACGUUGUUGCACGUCACUUGCCAAUCUUGCCAUAAUAUUUGAAGUUUAUGUCAAAAACUUUCAGGUUAACCUUUUAAAAUUAUUCGAUUUAUUUGCAUAAAAGCGUCCCGAAAUGGCGCUUCGCACUGCGUUGGCAAACGCCAGUUCCCGCUUGCUGCAUGAGCACAUCAGCGGGGUGGUAAGAGCCCCAUUGCUGAAUGCCCAGUUUGUGCGGCAUCGCAAAACCAAGCAUUGGCUCCCCAAAUGGAAGCAGUUGCGGCGACUGAAAGUGAUCCCAGUGAAGCUGCCCGAGCUGGGUAAAAAACCCAGUGAUUUAACCGAAGAAGAAAUGCGUUCCCGGAUGAAGGAGCAAGGCCUGGUCCCGCCCAGGCCUUGGAUGGAGCACCAGCACUUUAUCUCCUCCUCUGGCGACAUUUUUGAGCCGUAUGUUCCUCCGGAAGGGGACGGCAAGGUUUCCCCAAUCAGUGCUCAGGGGGCUAAGCAAAACUUGGUGUUCCUGGAAAAGAAGAGUCGUACCAUGCUGGCGGUGCGUAAAAUCCGCCAGUACGACGAAGACUUCGAUGGGCCCGAGUUCUGCAAAAGUGCCACCGAUAUCUACAUUAAAAUGCACGAAUGCAUGGCUGCUAACGACAAGGAAACCCUGAUCAACUACAUCACUGAGAGAGCCUACCCUGAAGUCGUCCAUAACAUUGACAACAAAACGUUGCGCUGGAAGUACCUGAAGGAUAUCGAGCUGCCCCGAAUUGUCCAUGCCAGGAAUACAGAAGUGAUCACGCCAGAUAAUGUUUUCGCCCAAGUUACCGUCAGAUUCCACACUCAGCAAACUUUGGCGAUUUACGACCGGUUCGGUCGUUUGAUGCACGGGAGCGAAAUCCUGGCGAAAGACGUCCUGGAAUAUGUGGUUUUCGAAAAACACCUUUCCAAUCAGUACGGGCUUUGGAGAGUUCACGCGAAAAUCAUCCCGACAUGGCUGCCUCCAAAGGACAACACAAAGCUGACCUACAGGAAGGUGUUCGAGACUGUAGUGGACCCGAACGUUGUCCCCCAUGACGACGCCACUGAUAAAACAGCAGAGAAAACCCCCAACUAGUAAAGGCUGUAAGCAAGCUUGUAGCAAUUCGUUGCGAUUUUUUAGUAUUAAAUUUGUAAGAGGACAAA